GGUGGGCGGGCCGCCGGCGGCCGUUACCCACCAGGCACCGCGGCUGCGCUUAGCCCGCACUCGCUCUGAGGCCGCUGCCGAGAGCUGAUGCCGCACGCGUGGCGGCGACGGCCGGGUUGCAGAAUAUACAUCCUUAAAUGAUGCAGGCCACUGCACUGAUGGAGACAGCUUCUGGACAAGUCUACCACAAUAGUGGAGGAAGUCUCAAAAAAGAUACAUCUUCAAAUUCUAAGAAAGAAAAUUCACUGUUUUCUUCCAGUGUUUGUAAUAAAGUCAAAUCUACUCUUCCUGAUGAUGAGUGGAAUACACUGAAGCAAGGAGCUAACAAAGAAAUCAACAGUAUUGACAAAACAGAUUUAUUGGAACCAUAUUUUUCAGCAAGUCAAGAUACCAAUAUAGAGAGUACUCACUCCCAGUCAAGUGAGUUUGAAGACAGUAUCGACUAUGCUUUUUUGAAUGAGACAUAUUCUAUACAUUAUUCAGAGUCAAAACUAAAUGAAAAUCUUGCUCUUUUAAGUUCAGAAUUAGAUCCUGAAAAGCAAAAAAGAGAGGACAUAUUUUUUGAUAUUUUGGAGCAUCAAGGUAAGAAGACUGUUGGCUUGGAAAAAAUCUCCAAGAUUUCAGAUGAUGACUAUAAAGAAACUGCUGAAGAUAUGCAAAAGUAUGAUAUAGAUGAAGAUUCACAGCAGGAAUAUCACAGCGCAGAAGAGCAAGAAUAUAUAAGUAACCAUUUAUCUUUUGAUGGAGCCAAAACAUUAAGUAUAUCUAAUUUGGAAGUUGUUGAAUUAAGAAAUUCAGGUUAUGAAGUUAAAUGUAUUAGCAAUAUAGAAGAUAAUCAUGUUAAGUUGGAAAGUAGUUCUAUUAUUUCUUUGGAUUCACUUAAUGUUUUUGCACAAGAAUAUUCACCUCAUGUCUCUAAAUUUCAGAAUUCUGUCAUGAUAAAAGAAAAUCAUGAGCCAAAGCAUGAAAAGUGGAAGGAACAAGAGACUAGUUUAAUGUACCACACAGUAUUUGAUGAUAUUAUACAAAGAAGCAAUUCUCUUGGAAACCAAGAAUCUCAAUCUAAGAGUGGUUUCUCGAAUCCAAAAGCACUCAAAACUAAGAUUUAUACUGAAAAAAUGAAAUCUCAAAUAACUGAAAGUAAAGAUUUUUGUGGAAAUACAAUUGUUGAGAACAAAGUUUCACAGCAUCUUGAAAAUCCUACCAUGUUACCUCAGAACAAAGCUUUAGAGUCAUUACUCCAAUCCUGUAAAGGUUGCCAGACUUCCUGGACCUCUGUUUUUGAUGAUUCAGUCAUUUCUGCCUGUGGAUAUUCACAUUAUAAAAGCCUACAAAGUACACCUGACCCAGCGUUAGGUUUCUCUGUUACACUACCAAAGAUUUCAGUCAGAGAAAAUCAGGCAGUGGAAAAGGAUAGCUCCCUAAAAGUUGUUAACAGCAGUACCACAAAUAAAAUUUGCUCUCAUGAUAGGAAAGGAACAUGUCCUAAAUCAGUGACAGAUACAGCAGGUUGUACAGUCACGGUUAAUCAGACAGUGGAUGUUAGCACUGAUUUUAGGGCUUGUUUCACAACCAGCAGAGCAACUAGUGCAAGAUCUCCUGUGGUAUCCACGUCAAGCAAUACAGAGAUAACGAUGAUGAAUAAACAACGGCCUGGUGGAUGGCAGAGUGGAAAACAAACCAGUGUGGCUUGUAAUACAGACUGGUCAUGCAGUCCAGAUUGUGUAGACUCACAGAUGGUUUUGACGAAAGGAUCAGAAAGAUCUGUCCCAGUUGACACUUCAAAACCAAAUGGAAAUUUCCUAAAUAAGGAUUCUCUGGAACUAAGAAAAACAUUGGAUAUUAUAGACUUAAAGAAACAUCCUGAGAGGGAAUUUCAAGUUUCUAAAGAGAUGGAGAAGAAUUUGCCAUCAAAGUGCUGUCAGAAUAUAAUGCAGAGAGCCAUAAAAGCAGAAAUGCACCUUUUAAAUGUUCACUAUCAGAUGUGUCAUCACCAUUGUUGUGAUAUUUACAAACUUGUAAUGGAAAAUAGAGGAGUAAAUAGGAAUUUACCAAGUAAUUCUGCUAAGAAAGAAUUAGGGUCAGCAUUACUCUCUGUUCUGGGAGACUUAAAAGUUAGAUAUAUGAACUUGAAAGAAAAAAUACACAAGGGCACACUACUGGAAGAGCUGCCCCCACUGUCAGUAGAAUCAAAAUUAUUGUCUGCCUUCUCUACUUUUGCUUACAGGCUGAUGAAAGAAGAGGCACAUGACUUUUCAGGAGCAGAUUCUGAACUAGAUAAUCAAAGUGCACCUGAUGUUGAUGUUUCUCCAACCCUAAAAAAGACACUCUCUCAAAUGUCUUUAUUGUCUGACUGUAGUCAUCCUACACAAGAUACAUCAUCUGAGAAAGAUGGUUUUAAAAAUGGUAAUAUAAACGUAGACUUCAGUCAACUGAAACUUGAUGAUAAAGAGUACAGAAAUUACCGCGAAAUAAGUGAAGACUGGUUUGAUGCUAAAGAGAACCUGACAGGAAUUGACUUCUCAGGAACACAAGAAAAUCAAAUAGAACAUGACAGAUGGAAUCCAAAAUUUACACAAGAAAUGAAGAAUGUUGAACCCUUACGAAGAGAUAAAUGUUUUUUGAUACAUGUUGGUGGUCUCUGCCCUUCGGUAUCUGAGGCUGAUUUAAGGUCUCAUUUCCAAAAAUACCAAGUUUCUGAAAUUUCGAUUUACGAUUCUUCUACUAAUUACAGAUAUGCAUCACUUGCUUUUAAAAAAAACAGCGAUGCAAAGAUGGCUGUGAAAGAAAUGAAUGGAAUAGAAAUAAAUGGAAAAUCAGUAAAUGUGCGGCUUGUUAAAACUCCUGGAGAAUAUACAUCACCACUUUCCUCCAAAAAUGGGAAUAAACUUGGUUUGAAUAAUUUGGAGAAAAACACCAACAAAGAAAUGAAUGCAGCCUCCUCAAUUUCUAAAUUGCCCAGAACUAGGCCAAGGCAGCUGGGAUCUGAGCAAGACAGUGAGUUUUCCCCUUCCGACCAGAAGGGUGUCAAGAAGAAUUGUAAACAGAUUGAAUCUGCUCAUUUAUUACCUGAAACACCUAUUCAAUUUAUACCUCCAAAUACAUUGAACCUUCGUAGUUUUACCAAGAUCAUGAAGAGACUGGCUGAACUACAUCCAGAAGUCAGCAGAGACCAUAUUAUAGAUGCUCUUCAGGAAGUGAGAAUAAAUCAUAAAGGUUUCCUGAAUGGCUUAUCUAUUAGUACUAUUGUGGAAAUGACUUCAUCUGUUCUGAAAAACUCUGCUUCCAGUUAG